AGCACAACGAUAUAUGCAAUUCUGGAGUUGUUGGCUAUUAGUGCAGUAUGACAUAUUGACAGUAGUUUUGACGUUUUUUUCUCAAGGAAUGAUAAAGAUCUUUUAACACAAGCAUAAAUAUUGAAUAAAUAUGAAAUAACUUAUUAUUUGUUUAAAUCUUAUUAUUUUUAUUUGGCAAUUUAUUGAUAAGUAAUUUAAUUUUAAAUAGAAAAGUUAUUUAUGGGAGUGGUCUAGUUUGACAUAAAUUGUUUGAACUUUAAACUAAAAAAAUAUGAUAUCCUGUUUAUAAAUAGUGCGUAAUAUGUUUAAAACAAUAUUGUGUCUGAUUUUGUGAUACCAUAAUUCUGAAUGAUUAUUUUGUAGUUUUUUUUUAAUAAUGCCUCCAUUAAAGACUUGUAAAGUUUAUCCAGAGAAUUGUCCAGGCGCUCCGCCUCCCACGCCCGCGGCUGAGAGAAAGCCAUAUACGAGCACUCAACAUGCCCAAAAACUUUUAAUGAACCUAAAUAAUCUCAGAAAUGAUUCAAGGUUUUGUGACAUUCAAUUGAGAGCAGGAGGAACAAUAUUUAAUGCACACAAAGCAGUUUUAUCAGCUAGUAGUGCUUAUUUUGAAGCUAUGUUUCGUCCAGGAAUGAGUGAAGAACAAAAGGAUUUAGUCACAUUGCAUACAUUAGAUCCCGAUAUCUUGAAUUUGUUAAUCGAUUUCAUUUAUACAGGCAGAGUAGAAAUAUCACAAAGCAAUGUACAAGAAUUGUUGUCAGCAGCCGAUAUGUUACAGUUGCAAGAGGUUGUUCAAGGUUGUACAGAUUUUUUACAAUUAGAAAUACAUCCAAGCAACGCAUUGGGUAUUUUAAGAUUUGCUGAAGCUCAUCAUUGCACAGAUCUUGUUCGCUAUGCUAAUGACUAUGUUAAUACAAACUUUCCUCAAGUCUGUAAAGAAGAUGAGCUUCUAGAUUUACCCUUGAAUUUACUGACUAGAUUAUUAUCUUCGGAACUAAUUCGUGUAGAUAGUGAAUAUCAAGUGUUUGAAGCAGCAAUUCGUUGGGUAUCAUAUGAUGUUCCCAGAAGAAGACGACAUGUUUUUGAAGUUUUAAGACAUGUUCGAAUUGCUUUGAUGCCUAUACAGUUAUUACAAAGAACACUAGAUGAAUGCAGAGAUGAUUCCUUAAAAGUUGCACUAAGAUCUAUAGUGAAGGACUUGGUUUCUCAAAAAGGUCUGUUUGUAACAUUGAAUGCAGCUCCACGUAAAUGUGCUAAAAAACAUAUUUAUAUAAUUGGCGGAUCAAAAAGGGAAACAACAAGUGGAUGGCAUAAAAAUACAGAUGCAAUAUUUGACUCUGUAGCCAAAUUUGAUACUUUUAGAGGACAAUGGUUAGAAUCGCCAUCCAUGACUGUUGGCAGAAUUUUACCGGGCGUAGCAUCCUUAAGAAAUUAUAUUUAUGUUGUAGGUGGUGAGCUUGGCUCACAGAUUUUAGCUAAUGGGGAAGUUUAUGAUACUCAGACAGAAACAUGGUCCCAUAUGGCUCCAAUGGUCAUUCCAAGAUGCGAAUUUGGUUUAUGUGCUUUAAACAAUUCUCUAUGGGCAAUCGGGGGAUGGAUUGGUGAAGAUAUAGGAGGAUCUAUUGAAAGAUAUGAUCCUUACACUGAUGUUUGGCAUUUAUGUGGUGAUAUGCCAGAACCUAGGUUUUCAAUGGGAGUAGUUACAUUUGAGGGCUUAAUUUAUAUUGUUGGAGGUAGUACAAACUCAAGAAGACAUUUACCUGAUUUGAUCAGUUUUAAUCCAAUUACUGGUGAAUGGAAUAAGCUUCCUUCAAUGUCAAAAGCAAGGUCCCAAAUGGGCGUAGCUGUUCUAGAUAGAUGUCUUUAUGUUGUGGGGGGUAAUGGAAGUCAUUCAGAAGUACUUCGAACAGUGGAAAAAUAUGAUUUUGAUAAGGGGACCUGGACGAACAUAGCUCCUAUGUGUGUUUGCCGUGCUAGUCCAGCAGUAGCAUCAGCUAAUGGUUUGUUAUAUGUUGCUGGUGGUGAUCAAACAAUUGAAGUUAAUUUUUAUCGUGCACAAAUCACUAUUACAUGCAUGGAAGCUUAUAACCCUCUCACAAAUCAAUGGACUGCAUGUCCAGAUUUACCAGAAAGUAGAUCUGAAGCCGGUGCUGUAGUAUUGUGAGAUUAACUGUAAGUAUGUAGAGGCGAGUGAAGAUAUUAUUUUUCAGCUGCAGCUUUAAAUAUAUUUGAAUAUUAAAGUGAAGUUUUGUUGUAUUUACAUUUACUGCUUAAGAGAAAAGAUCGAUAAAUAUACUGUACU